AACUAUCUUAGAUAUAUAGAUCUAGAUAGAGUUGGAAAGUAGAAAGAUGGUGAAGUCAUCAUGUUACGACAACAAUGGGUUGAAGAAAGGUGCAUGGAGUGAAGAUGAAGACAACAAGCUAAGAGCUUACAUCCAGAGAUAUGGCCAUUGGAACUGGGCUUUACUUCCCAAGUUUAUUGGUGUGUCUAGAAGUGGUAAAAGUUGCAGGUUGAGGUGGAUGAACUAUCUCCGCCCAAACAUUAAACACGGAAACUUUACAAAGGAAGAAGACGAUCUGGUUAUUGAUUUACAUAACAAGCUUGGAAACAAAUGGUCAACAAUAGCUGCAAAAUUACCAGGAAGAAGCGACAAUGAAAUAAAAAAUCGUUGGAACACACAUUUGAAGAAGAGAGCUCAGAAUGAACACACUGAGUCUUCAAAUGAACACUUAGGAACCCUAGAAUACGAUCAGGCUAGCUCUAAACGAAAACCUGUUAACAAAACAGAUCUAAAACAUCAACCGGAAGUCGGAACAACUUUAUUGGCUGGAGAAUCAUCUGAAUCACUAUCAUAUUCUUCACUCACAGAAAUAUCAUCGUGUCAGUUGAGUGACUCAGAUUGUGCAGUUUUUAGUGACUUUACACCACUAACAUUCAAUGAUGACGAACUGGUCGAUAAUUUCUGGAGUGAGCCAUUUCUAACAGACAUUGAUGCCACUACACCAUCAGGAAAUUAUAACUUGUUGUCACCUUUAAAUUUUGUCAACGAGUUCAGCUCUCAAUAUUCUUGCCAGGAUUUGAUGAUGACAGAUGAUCAGUGUUUAUGGUCAAUGAUGGCGGAUUCAUAUGUUGAAAACAAUAUUUUUAUAAAUUGAAGUCCUAGUUCAGUUUGUGUCUUAUCCUUUAGAUUUCAUUUAAUUAUUGCUCUAUCAGUGGCGUCAAGAAUAUACUGCGUCUAGUCUCAACAGUUUUUUCCCAUUUCAUUAGUCCUAUCACUGAAAAUGACAUUUUUUAGUCAUGCUGUCUA